AACAUACGACGUCACAAACUACUCAUCCCGUGCCACGCAAGAAAGCAACUCGCGCGGCGGCGGCGGCGGCGGCGGCAACCAAGAUGGCGGCCUCUCGACAUGAUGCGAAGCAGGCGGAGCAAGAGGGGACGGUGGUGCUCCGGUGCUUCGACGGCGUGAAGAUCCCCGUGCCGACGGCGCUCGCGCUGCGGCGGUCGGAGCUGGUGGCCGCCGCGGCCGGGGAGCGCGUGGUCGACGUGCCGGGCAACGUGUACGGCCCCGUGGUUGCCAGGGUGGCCGCGUACUGGGAGGGCCGCGCCGCGGCGACGGGCAGCGCCGCCGGCGCGGCGUUCGACGCCGCGUUCCUGGCGGGGCUGCGGCACGACGCGCUGGUGGACCUCAUCCACGCCGCCCACCACCUGGGCGACGCCGCGCUCUUCGACCUCUUGAGGUCCGGGGCCUGAGCGAGCAAGAGCUCCCACCACCGGAUCAGGAUCUAGCGCUCCAAGUUAAUCGAGUUUCUACCGUGCGGAUUUUAUAGUUUCCCUAGUGUCCCCGUUACCCGUUUUUAUCUUCUGUAGUAGUAGUAUUUUCUGAAGAGGACGAGUUUUGAUUAUAAGUAUUGCAACCUGGAGUAUAUACGUUGCGUGGUGCUGCGUUC